GCGGUGAUAGUCGCUUGCUCCCGCCCCCGCACCACCGUCGGUCGAACGAACAAACGGCAAGAAUGGCAUUUGUGCGUGAAAUUACAACAGUUUUUAUGUGAACAACUGCAUAUUUCUCACAAUAACGACUUGGACCGGCGACCUUUGCUGCAACAGUGCAAUUAUAAUACGAAGUGCUACGUUAUGUGUUGUUUUAGAGCGUUUUUGUGUAGAAAAUUUUUUAAGUGACUUGUACGGGGUGGUAUCCCGUGGAUUUGGUUUCGUUGUGCCGUGCAAUAAUGGACAUGCUUCCCGCUAACAUCGUCGGAAUUUAAAACAUUCGGUUUCCAUCUGGGAUGGAUGAGGGGUUGCUGAACGACUUGCUGGAGUGCUCCGUGUGCCUCGAGCGGCUGGACACCUCCUCGCGUGUGCUGCCAUGCCAGCACACCUUCUGUCUCAAGUGUUUGAAGGUGAUAGUAGAGUCGCACAAAGAGCUCCGUUGUCCAGAAUGCCGCAUCCUGGUGGAAACGAAGGUGGAGGAGCUGCCUCCGAACGUGCUCCUCAUGAGGAUCCUCGAGGGCAUGAGGAACUCGGCGCCCAGGAAGCUGAUCGCUACCCAAAGGCCGAGGAGUGGACAUUCACAGAGUCAAGGGCAGCAGUCGACGCGCGACGGCAAGCAGCUACCACCUCACGCCAGAGCGAUGUACGACUACAUCUCCAAGGAGCCGGGUGACCUGUCGUUCAAGAAGGGCGAGACGAUACUCCUGCAGAAGAAGCUGGACACGUUCUGGUACCAGGGGGAGUGCUCCGGCAGGACCGGCAUGUUCCCCAUCACUUUUGUGCAGGUUGUAGUCCCGUUGCCGAUUCCGACAGCUCUUUGCAAGGCGAUGUACGACUUUAGGAUGACGGCGCCCGACGAGGAAGGCUGCUUGGCUUUCGACAAAGGUGCAAUCAUCACAGUGCACCGGCGCGUGGACGAGAACUGGGCGGAGGGGCGACUCGACCAGCGCGUGGGCAUCUUCCCCAUUGCCUUCGUCGAGUUCAACCAGCCCGCCAACCAGAUCAUAUACGGCGCGCCGCUCAACCGCCCCGUGCCGGCCGCGCCCGACGGCGCCCGCGCCGGACACUCCGACCAUCGCCACCUCGCACAGCACGCGCACAGAUACCCGCAAAUAUCGAUGUCGACGCCGGCCGGGGGUCAGAAUAAGUACCAGAACGUGGCGACGAUGAGCCAGUCGCACCCGACCUUCCACGGCACGCAACUCCUGGCGCCGCAGCAGGUCCUCGCGCCGCAGCAGGUCCUGGCGCCGCAGCAAGUCUCCUCGCAUGCGCCGCGCGCCAUCCUCGAGCCCGCACACACCAAGCACUCGCUCGACCUCAUCCACUUCAAUACGCACAGCAAGCAGGGCGGCGUGCUGCAGAGCGUCUCGCGCAUCGGCGACAACUACGACCGCCUCCGCGCCGGCAAGUACGACAACACGCCCGCGCACAAGCUCGACACCACUUACCAGAACGUGCGCACCCACGAACACUUCCCUGUCUCCAACUUCAGCGCGAACAACCUCAGCUCCGACUCCAGCUCCAGCAUGAAUACGCCGUCGGUCGGCGUCAGCUCCUCUACGCCCAACACCAGCUCCAACUCGAGCUCGUGCGAGAGCAAUGACCCCAGCACGCCCAGCUCCCCCGACAACAACACCGAGCGGAACGCGACCGUCGUCGCCGCCGCCAACGACGCCAACGACGCCGAGGAACCCGAGCCGAGGGACGAGCAGGAGCCGCUCAACACCUCCAUGGGAGUGAUGAGCUUGAACGAGAGCUCCACCGCGACCAACACCUCACUCAACGUCAGUCUGCCGCCGUCUGAGAGUCCCAAGCUCACCGCGGGCACGAGUACGCAGACGCAGGAGAGUCAGGAGAGCGAGGUGCGGCUCGACGCGCCAUCGUCGAGUAAGACCGUGCUGCGGUCCAGUGGGCCAGAGUCGCUGCUGUUCGGGCUGGGGCUGCAGGCCGCGCUGUCGCCCUCCCCCACGCAAGGGAGGGGGAACUACAUGGUGGCGCGGGCCCAUCGGGACCAUCACCACAGAGAGAAGAGACACAGUUUGACGCCCUCCUCGCAUCUGCAGGGAAAUCAUACGCCGAACCGUCACUCUGCGGAGAUCGUGGCGACGUCGCUGUUGGACGCGGCGGAGCGCCGGCGGCGUCGGUCUCGCAGCUCGGAGCGUGGGGCCCACACCCCCCACUCGUCCGCCCCCCUCCACACUACCGCACAGCCGCCCUCCCUGCCCGCCGCCUACCUCGCACUCUACCCCUAUCGACCGCAGAAACCGGACGAACUCGAACUUAAAAAAGGAGGUAUCUACACGGUGACGGAGAGGUGUCGUGACGGAUGGUUUAAGGGUUGUUCGGAGCGGUCCCAGCGGUUCGGCGUGUUCCCCGGGAACUACGUCGCUCCCGCAGGAACAUCCGGGCUAAGGCUGAUAAGCCCGCGGCGUGGUCCCCGGCGCCGGGCGCGCCCCCCGCGGCCCCCGCGCCCGCGCCCCGCGCGCACGCCGCCCGCUAAUGCCCAACCUCUAACGUAUCCAUGGAGUUCGCAAAGUCAACAGCCACAAAGCAUAACUAGAUCUGAUAAGCAACCAAAAGAGCUGAAACUGAAAACCGACCGCUUGACAAUAUCGACUGGCGUUAGUCUGAUGAAGCGGUUGGCCGCCAUGAAGAAGUGCAAGUCGCCGCCCGCCGUCGGCUACAGCAUCGACAACCCCGUGUUCGAGGACGCCGCCUCACUGCCACACGACAGGCGACACCCCGUACAUGUCAGGUCGGGCUCGUGUCCGUCGCAACUGCUGCGGGCGCUGCCUGCGGGGGUCACACGGCCGCCGCCCGGGGCACGGGGGCGUGGGGGCACGGGGCCGAACGCUCGCGGCACUGAGCGGCCCGCCGCACUCGCCGUGCACGAUCACCACUCGCACAGGCAAGGCACGGAGGGUCCGUGGCAGUCGCAGCAUCGAAAAUCUCAGUCGCUCGACGUCACCGCGAGCCGGAAGGACAGGCAUCAUUCCCAACCUGUUAAAGAGAGAUUCCGCUGCAUAGUCCCCUACCCGCCGAACUCCGAGUACGAGUUGGAGCUGAAGGUGGACGACAUCGUGUUGGUGUCGAAGAAGCGCGGCGACGGGUGGUACAAGGGCACGCUGCAGCGCACCGGACGCACCGGACUGUUUCCGGCCUCCUUCGUGCAGAGCUGUCCGCAGGAAUGACCGGCCCACGCACAGUAGGUUCGGGACUUUAUUUUAGAUAUACGGCCGGUUAAAUAAACGCCUAUAGAA